UCCCACAAGUUGAAUUGGCCCCAACCCAACAUGGAGAAAUAACUCAUGCAAACUCAAAACUCAUUAAAUAGUGGCACCUCAACAUGCUCCCCAUAACCACUUCUUCAAAUCUCAGUUUAAUCCCCUCAACAUGCAUCCUUUCGUGUUCUUUUCUUUAGCCUUAUGCUCACUCUCCAUUGCAUCCUUCGCUGAAGCCUCGAAAACUCUAAGGGGCUUCAGCGUCGACCUUAUUCAUCGUGAUUCACCAUUGUCACCCUUUUACAACCCUUCACUCACCCCAUCAGAGCGCAUAAAAAACGCUGCAUUGCGCUCCAUUUCACGGAUCAACAGAGUUGCACACACUCUAGAUGAGAACAAAUCACCCGAAACUAUUUUGAUCCCAGAAAAUGGUGAAUACCUAAUGAGAUUUCACAUCGGUUACCCGCCAGUGGAAAGACUCGCUAUUGUAGACACGGGGAGUGAUCUUAUUUGGGUGCAAUGUUCCCCUUGUGCGAAUUGUUUCCCACAAGACACACCAUUGUAUGAACCACUUAAAUCUUCCACGUUCAACCCUUUGUCAUGUGGCUCACAACCUUGCUUAUAUUUUCCACCUCGUCUACGUCGUUGUGGAAAUUCAGGUGAGUGCAUAUACGUGUACCAAUAUGUUGAGCAAUCAUUCACCGCGGGACUAUUGGGCACUGAAACCAUUAAUUUGGGUUCCAAGGUUGAGAAUCAAACUGUUAAUUUUCCUAAUUCUGUUUUCGGAUGUGGACUCUACAACAAUUUAUCGUUUCCUACUAGCGACAAAGUCACGGGACUAGUGGGUCUUGGACCGGGACCAUUGUCACUAGUUUCACAAAUAGGUGAUCAAAUUGGUUACAAAUUCUCGUAUUGUUUGCUUCCUUUUAGUUCAAACUCCACAAGCAAAUUGAGAUUUGGGACUGAAGCAGCAAUAACUGGAAAUGGGGUUGUGUCCACUCCACUCAUAAUCAAACCCAAUUUGCCCACCUUUUACUUUCUCAAUCUUGAAUCGGUAACUAUUGGACAAAAGGUGGUGCAAACGGGUCAAACUGAUGGCAACAUAAUCAUUGAUUCUGGGACCGUGUUGACGUAUAUUGAUCAAACCUUUUACUCCAAUUUUGUAGCCUCGUUGCAAGAAGCCCUAACUGUUGAGGCAACGCAGGAUCUUCCAUUCCCAUUUAACUUUUGUUUUCCAUAUCGUGAAAAUAUGGCUUUCCCUGAUAUUGCGUUUCAAUUUACGGGAGCUAGGGUUUCCUUGAACCCUAAAAACCUUUUUCUUUGGGUUGAAGAUAGGGACAUACUGUGCUUGGCGGUAGUACCCAGAGCUUUGAGUACUGGAAUUUCCAUCUUUGGAAAUAUUGCACAGAUUGAUUUUCAAGUGGAGUAUGAUCUCCAAGGGAAGAAGGUUUCUUUUGCUCCAACCGAUUGUACCAAAAUUUAAUGUGAUGUUUUGAAAAGAAAUUAAGUAUUAUACGUGUGGUUUCUUUUCAAUAAGAAGAACAAUGUUGGUAUGUUUGAAAGGGAAUAUUUUAUUUUCGAAGAUUGGUAUGUUUGUCCUUUAUAAUGCUUAAAACAAUGUUGUACCAAAUACUUUGUUAACCAGGACUUCA